AUGGCGGACGCCGUUGAUGAUGGGAACAUGCUCAUUGACGAUGAUAAAGCAUUGAAUAUAGAAGCAACUGAAGUUGUUAAAGAAAUUGCGUAUGCAGUUAAAUAUGUACAGAUAUCAACAGUUCUUCCGGCUGAUAGAAAUUUAAUUUAUAUAAAUAUUACAACAAAAGAAAAUCGUAAUAUGUGUAUAGAACUUUCUCUUCAAGGAUUCAGAGUUGUUGGUGCUCAGUACAAUGAAGUAAAUCAACAGUGUUUCUCACAAUAUUAUGAAACUAUAUACAGUCUUCUGGAUAGUCAAAGUAUGGAAUACCGAAGUACCUUUUUUGAAACUCUAUCUAAUAAAUUGUUAAAUUUACGAAGGCAUAGUGAUGAGGAUACAUCAGAUGAUCAGAUGGACACAAAAUGACUUUGUGAUUUUAGUAGUGUCACUAUGUAGCUGGUUGUGAUAUGGUAGUGCUAUCCGUGUAUUAUUAAUUAAUUAUGCCUCUUUUAAUUUUACCUUAGUC